UACAAGUGUUAAAAGAAAGUAUAUUCGAAAGAAAACGAAACAUGGACUAUCGAGGAAAAUUUUUAACAGCAUUUGGUUUGAUUCUGUUAUUGCUCGUUGGAAAAAUUUCUAUUUUUGACGAAGACAAUGUAGAGGAGAGUCGGAUAAAAGAAUCGAAAAUCAAGCCAUUCACGUUUAAAAAUGAUAUCUGUUCCCUUUAUGAUAAUUUAUCAGUAAUUGAUUAUAUGUUAUUCGGAAGAAAUUACAAGCCAUUAGUACUAAUCAUAGCAGAUCAAUUUAUUGACGGUAUAAACAGAGUUAGAAAUUUAAGUGACAGUAAAAGAAUAUUAAAUGAUGAUGGGAUCAAAGACAGUAAUUAUUACAGUCAAUUCUAUGACGUUAUAUUACAAAAUAUUUAUCUAUUUGAAGUCAACGACACGUAUUAUUUUAUUUAUCCAGUAGACUUUCAAGACCAUUUUUUGACUAUAUAUUUCCAAUGGAAGUUAUUACAUAACAAUUUAGGUAUUACUUUUGAUUUUGUUAAUGUAAAGAAAGAGUCUCCUUUCUAUGAAGAUAUUUUAAUUCCAUUGGAACCAAGCUGCACCAAUUGCGCUCUUGUAAAAUAUGUAAAUGAAAAACUACGAAAAGGUGAAAGCUUCUCGGAAUUAUUCGAGUUGCGAAAAAAAUUAUUUAGAAAAAAAGAAACGAAAAACUUAUCCUUCACGGCAGUCAACGAUUAUGAUAUUUGUGAUUCGAUUGGGUUUAACAUAAAUUCUCAAAGCAUGAGUUCUUUACUGCACUUUAACUCAUUACUAAAACAAAUCCAAAUCAAUAGCAAGAGUAUAGAAAAAAGUAAAAAAAGAAGCUUAAUUUGCUUUCAGUCAAGAUAUCUGGAAGUAACAGAAGAUGUAGUUUUCGGAGAUAUUAGAAAUGAACUUCAUAUUAAAGAUCGUAUGAUUGUGAUUGACUAUCUAAAUUGGAUAAAUAACACCAUACUUUCAUUGAAAAGUAAUGACAAUUCCUUUGGCAGUCUUUGUGAAACUAAACACAAAAUAGAAAUACUUGAAUUAUUUUGUUUUAUGAACAAAAUAUCAGAUGUUACAUCUCACAACAAAAGAGCGUGGAUAGAAGCCCUAAAAGAACAUGUUGUAAAACCAUUGACAAGCAAACUAAAAUGGUUUAACAGCUUAAAAAUUUUGUAUACAAAUGAAUAUACUAUGUACAAAAAUCGAACCUAUUCCGCGCUUGCUAAUCUUAACCAGGAAAUGCUAAAUGUAACUGCAAAUUGGAAGGAUGUGAUGAAUAUGACUUAUCAGCAUUUUAUGAAGUCAUUGAGUGUAAAUACUAAUUACAAUUAUGACCAUGUGUACUUUUCAAUCUGCUUUAUUUACAAAUAUUGGGAAAUAGUUGAUGAUCUACUUCUUGAGGUGAAAUUCAAGAGAUUAGUGAUAAUCGUGGUAGAUGACAUGAAACAAGGGAUCAGAAUUGCUAAACAAAUAAGAGGUAACAGAGUAGUACCGAAAGUUAUGCGAGAAGAUCUUCAUUAUUCAAAACAGUUUUUGUACGAUUUCAUAAUGAAACAUAUUUAUUUGGUUCAAUCGUAUGAUACUUAUUAUUAUGUCUACCCAAUGACUGCCGACAGACAUCGCGAUUCACUGAUUAGCUACGUUGAAUACAAAAUGAUUAAAGAUUAUUCAAAUGUUGUAUUUUAUUUUGUUAACUCUUCGAAUUAUUUUUCUUUAGAUGAACGAAUUAGAUUUGAUAACAAUAAUUUGGUUAUUCCUGCACUACCAGAUUUUUGUAACCUAACAUCUGAAAAAUGUAUAACGCGAUUUAUUAAUCCCACAUAUUUAAUGAAAGUACAUCAAGUAUUUGUUGAACGCUAUCCAAAAUAUCUUUCUUUAUAUGCUUCCUUUUACAAUAACUUGACAGAAUUUAUAAAUAAUGACGAUUCACUUGUCAAAAACACUAUCUCCUACCGUAAAUAUUCUCAGAAAUUUUAUGUAUUUUUGAAUAAGAAAGAAGUUUCCUAUGACACAAAAUAUUUAUUUAGAGGUUUACCGUGCCUAUUAUUCCGGAAAUUAAAUAAUAAAACUCACAUUAAUUUUAAUAUUACUAAAUAUUCUAAUGUCUUCGAAUUUUAUUCUUUAACAAAUUCUGCUUAUAAAAACAUAACAUCAAUAAAUGACGGAAACAAAACAAAUUUAAAAUCCCUUUGUAGUAAUAAACAAAGUUUUAAAUUUCUUAAAUUCUUUUGUUUUUUGAAAAUAAAUUAUAUUGAUGAUAUGUCAAGAGUUAUUGGUCAGGAAUCUGAUACAAUCAGCUCUAUGAGAAGUAUUGCUGCAAAUGAGAAGAAUAUUAUUACCAAAUAUUUGUUAAAAACGAUGGCAUGGAUACAAAAAUUACUAUCAAUGGAUUACAUUGAUUAUAAGUAUAAUGAAACUCGAAUGAUUAAAGAAACAGACGCUUUUUACUCACAAAUACCAAAAAUUACCUUCAAUGGUACUGAUUUGUCUAACAAAAUUUAUUCGAUUUUUAAAAACAUCACGAUGUCUAUGAAAUGUAAAGAAUUAGCAUCUAUUUGAUUUGAAUUACAUUAAAAUUCAUUAAAAUCAACCUUAAAUGGUGAUUCUUUGUUAAAAUAUCUAUUUAAUAAUAAGAGAAAAUAAGAUUCUUUUCUAAAAAUCUUGUAUCCUAAUAACAUGUAUUUCUCUAAUUUUAUAUGAGUGAAAUGUAGCCUACUAAAGAUUAGUGGAAAUUUUUAAUAAUUUUCUUCUAAACCAAGCCCAUUAAUGGUUUAAAAAAAUAGUAUUA